AUGGUUGGUGAAGGUACUUCUUUGACAGAUUUCUUCGACAGUUAUGCCGAACAGUUUGCAGAGACAAACUUGAUGAUGUCAUCGGAUGCAGCGUCUUCAGACGACAUCUUCAGUAUGCUUGAAGUUCUCGAGGGUGUUUCUGCUGAAUUCACGUCCCUGAAACCUUUGGAGAGCGCUAGCGGCGGGUUUCAUGAGAAAGAGGUUGAUCAUCAUCAUCCAUUGGGGUCUCAGAAGUCGACCUCUUCCUGCAGUGCUUUACAAGAAGUCGUGGAGGCGGAGAUGGAGAUGGUUUCGCCCAAGAGUAAGAGACAGAAGCUGUCUUUAGUAGAAGAAGGCGGUGUAAUCUCAGAUGGACAGCAGAAAGUGUCGCAUAUCACGGUGGAGAGGAACCGAAGAAAGCAGAUGAAUGAACACUUAACAGUUCUUCGUUCACUAAUGCCUUGCUUCUAUGUCAAAAGGGGUGAUCAAGCAUCAAUAAUAGGAGGAGUAGUUGAUUACAUCACAGAAUUACAACAAGUUCUUCAAUCACUUGAGGCAAAGAAGCAAAGAAAAGCUUACAGUGAUGUUCUGAGCCCUAGACUUUCACCACUCAGCCCCCGAAAACCCCCUCUAAGCCCUAGGCCGAUCUUGCCGAUUAGCCCAAGAACCCCACAACCAGUAACCCCUUAUAGAGCCUGCAGGUUGCAGCAACCUCAUCUAGUCCCUAUUAUUAACACAUCUUACUCACUUGACCCUUCACCUUCUACUUCUGAUAUCUCAACUUCUGAUAUUGUUAACAACGAGCUUGGUGCAAAUUCCAAGUCAUCUAUUGCUGAUGUUGAGGUGAAGUUUUCAGGCCCCAAUCUUCUUCUAAAGACUAUCUCACCUCGGUUGCCAUGCCAAGCAACGAAGAUAGUUUCGGUUCUUGAAGAUCUCUCUCUUGAAAUUCUCCAGGCUGGGAUUAACAUUGUUGAUGAAACCCUGGUGAAUUCCUUCACCAUCAAGAUUGGAAUUGAAUGUCAGCUAAGUGCAGAAGACCUCGUUCAAUAUAUUCAACAAACAUUUUGCUCGCCAUUACAUGCAUCAUGCUAG